CUGCUAACCUCGAUUCAUUCUCUGCUUUUAGCGGAUUUCGUACGACGUUCGUCCGUUUUUUGCGUUCGAUAUCAGCCUAAAACGACACUCCCUCCUCUUCUUGAAGCAGAAAUAAAGAAACAACCGAUUCUUCAUUAACCUGCUUUUAUAUCCGAAAGAAGAAUUACAUUUAUCCUGCGACCCAAACGCGGGGACUGCGUUUUCUGCUUUGUUAAAAUUAUCUUUGAAAAAAAAAAAAAAUGAAAACCAAAUUCAUCAACGGGGUCUCCUCUUCCCCCUCCAUGUCUCUGGGUCUCCUGGUGACCGAGAACGUCCUGCAGGUCCAGCCCGACACGCAGGAGGUCUGCAAGGAGCUGGUCCGCCCAGACCAGCCCGACCUGGACACACGGCGCAAGGCGUAUCUGUGGUGCAGGGAGUUCCUGCACGGAGCCUGGAAAAACCUGGCCGAGGAGGAUUUCCAGAUCACCAUCAUAAGGGGUGGUCUGAGCAACAAGCUGUUCCUGUGCAGCCUCCCCGACAGCCUGGCCUCUGUCGGGGACGAGCCGAGGAGCGUCCUGCUGCGCCUCUAUGGGGCCAUCCUGCAGAUGUCCUGUAAUAAAGGGGAUUCCCGACAGUCAAACAAAGAAAAUGACUUCCAAGGGGCAGAGGCCAUGGUGCUGGAGAGUGUGAUGUUUGCCAUCUUGGCAGAGAGGGAGCUGGGACCGAAACUCUACGGCAUUUUCCCUCAGGGCCGCCUGGAGCAGUACGUCCCCAGCCGUAAGCUGGACACCUGCGAGCUGAGCAACGCCAGCAUCUCAGCCGAGGUGGCCGAGAAGAUGGCCAAGUUUCAUGGAAUGAGGAUGCCCUUCAACAAGGAGCCCAAGUGGCUGUUUGGAACCAUGGAGAAGUACCUGAACCAAGUAAUGCGGCUGAACUUCACCAGGGAGUCUCACCUGCGCCGCUUCAACCGCCUGCUGGCCUACAACCUGCCUCAGGAGAUGGAGACGCUCAAGCUGCUGCUGGAGUCCACUCACUCUCCUGUGGUUUUCUGCCACAACGACUGCCAGGAAGGGAACAUCCUGCUGCUGAAGGGUCACCAGAGCUCGGACGAUCAGAAGCUGAUGCUGAUUGAUUUUGAGUACAGCAGCUACAACUACAGAGGGUUCGACAUUGGCAACCAUUUCUGUGAGUGGAUGUACGACUACAGCUGUGACGAGUUUCCCUUCUUUAAAGUUAGCACCCAGAGCUACCCGUCGAAAGCCCAGCAGCUGCACUUCAUUGAAAGCUACCUGCGGGAGUCCGACGGAGGGUUUGACCGUCUGAGCACGCAGGAGCAGAGGAAGCUGAAGGAGGAGCUGUAUGUGGAGGUCAACAGGUUCUCACUGGCAUCGCACUUCUUUUGGGGCUUGUGGUCCAUCAUCCAGGCCCGGCUGUCCACCAUCGAGUUUGGAUACCUGGAGUACGCCCAGGCCAGGUUUGACGCCUACUUCCAGCAGAAGAAGAUCUGGGCUGCCUAAGAGAAGCAAGACAGCUCGAGUGGUUUGUCGACACAUUGAGCCAAAACGUCCAACGAAGCGCGACGGGAAGGCCGAUAAAGAUUCGACGAUCAACGCUUUUCUUACACUCCCCGCUUCGAGGGGAUUCUCUGCCUUUCGUUGGCGUCGUCUUGACCAGCAAGCCAAAACUGAGCGGCUUGGUGCUUAAAGUACGCUCCACAAUCCUUCACAGCUCAAGGUUUACGCCGUAGCCACGAGAAGUCCGACACAUCAACCUUCACUAACCUUCAUCACUGGUCACAAGUGCUUUCUGCCUCUGCUUCGUUCAGACCGUACCGCCAACAGAACCGGCUGGAGCGGGUUCUGUUAGAGGCAGAUGUGUUAACAUUGCAUCAAUGUGUAUGUAGAGACCACUUCCUGAUGGGAAUGUUCUGCUGGGAAAACCUAAAUGCAAGCUACUCUGGGUAGUUUUGCUGAUUAAGGCAGCCGGUUUCUAACUCUGUAUAAUAUAUAAAUAUAUAUAUUUGAACGCGCCAGUAGCGCGGCCCUGUGUGUCACCGGUGGGCUCGAUCUGCAGGUCUGGGUUCCUGUACACACUCGCUGUUUUUAAUGGGGUAUUUUUUGUUUUUAUGGAUGCGUCUGGCGCCGUCAGAGUCGCGGCACAUACAGUUUGUUUUAUAUUUUUAGGGAUGCGAACGAUUUCUUGUGAGGCCUCACCAAAUCGGAUUGAAAAAGAUCAUUUUCAGGUGUUCCCGUGACACCUGAGUGUCUCUGUGACGUCCGACGCUCCCUCGCUUUUACGUGAAGGGCGUCGCUCCCGGUUACUGUGAUGUCAUCAGUUCACACACCAGAUCUGAGCUCACCCAGAAAACGGAUCCGUUUUUUUGCACUAAUUUGGCACCAUUUGUUUACGACAGUUUGCAACUAUUAUUUUUAGUAAAAAAAGAUGGUUUCCUGGCUCAAAUCACGACCACCCUCUUCCUGAAAAGUCUGAUUUUUGGACAGGAAAUUGACAAAAAUGUGUUGUCUGACACAGAAGAAGCUCACAUUUAAAAGCCUUUAAAACAAGAAGCUGAUGAAACGAGUCUCACCAACGUCUGCAGACUUCCUGUCCCGUCCGCAGAUUCGGACGUUGGUGCUUCAGAUGCUUUUCAUCACUACUUUCCUGUGUUGUUUGGUACCAGCAGGCGUGCGUGGUGAUGUUUACACGCUCUUAGCGUCUCCCACACCAACAGGAAGUUGAACCAACACUAAACUGCUAAUCUGAUAUUUUCAGUCAAACCAAGAUUUUGCAGCAGCAGGUGAUUCAUUUUCCGUAAUAACAUAACGCCUUCAUUGCUUAUCAACAGUUUUUGUCUCAUUUAAAUAUUUUUGUUUACUUAUUUUAGAACAAAAACUCUGAAAAAGUGCUUUUAAAUGCAGUUUGGCUGCAUACUUUACAAAACUACCGCUAGCUUUAGCUAAUCAAGAUGUAUUCCGACUGUUUUUGGACAAUUUUUACUUUAUUUUUGAACAUAACUGUAUGCCAAUUAUAAUGUAGGAGCUAACAAGCUACGAGCUAACAAGAGUAGAGUAGAUGACUUGUUGCUGCCUCUAAUCAAAAAUAUUUAUAUUUUUUCCACUUUUGAAACGUAUAAAUAGCUGCUGCUGCUGUUUUUGCGAGGCAGAUCUGUUUGGCAUUAGGUUGGACAAAUUUUAGUUAGAAUAUUUGAAGUCAAACAAAGAAAAAAAAACAGAAACUUGUGAAAAAUCUGCUGCACAGUUAAAACUCUGAAAAGCGAUCGCACGCUGCUACAAACGUUCCCGUCCCCUCCGGAUGUCUUUCCUGUUGUGCUGUGAAUGUUGGGGAUGGGUGACACGGGAGAAGGCAGCGCGGGGAGCAGGAGGAUGCUGAACUGGUCGCCUGAUACUGGAACCAGACCUUCGUAGCACUUUGGAGGCUCCAUAAAUAAAUAGUAGAGUUAACAGGGCUGACCUGUGUUAAGCUGUUGGAAUAUUACUCCUACUGUACAUUCGUGUGUGUUUAUAUUUACUUUAUGAACGUGUAGAUGUGUUUGUAUUUUGCUACGCUGGUGGACACCCACCAUUAGACUGUGCAGCGGGUUUUACUGGACGGAAAAGUGAACUGUUACUGGUACUUCUUCACUGUGACUCUUUCUUCAGCCAAUCAGAUUUGGACUUCAUUACUCAGAAGUUGUCUUUAAUAUUUUUUAUAGGUCGCUCGCCCCGACUUUGCUCAUUUGUAAAAGAGCGCGAUGACCUUUUUGUUUUGUUUUGUAAAUAUGCGACAUUCCAUUUUCACAUGCGAGAUGAGGCUUUGAACCAAACCUUGGAUCUGAUUUGUUCCUGCGGUAAAACAGUUGUUGCACGUGUCUGUUUAUUGUAAUAUUCACUAACAAAUAUGAAUUUAAAAGAGGAUUUAACUUUUUUGCUACUAAAGUACGUUAAAACGUCUGAUCUGUGAAGACGGUGACAUAUUUGCUAUCUAUGCAGCUGCUCUGGAUGCUGAAUGUGCACCGAGGGACGACUUGUUAAAGACUUGGGUUCAGCUGCAGUCGCACGAAUGUGGAAUUGGCUGUAAAUGUACUGAUCACUCAAAUAAAGUUGAAAAGAUGAAGCAACUG